GCGCCCUGCACGCGCAUCCCACUCAACUGGAGUCGAAAAAAUGGUGGCCAGCGCUCGAGUACAGAAGCUGCUCCGACGAUAUAAACUAGCGAUUGCCGCCGCAUUAACUAUCCUCCUGGUCCAGGGUCUUGUGGUAUGGAGUCUAAGAGGUCUGGAAGAAGGCGAGGCAGAGAGAAAAACACGACGCUCUAAGCUGCCUGACCACAGCCAGGACCCUAAGAGAGACGCCGCACUUUGGAAGAAACAAAACUCUUUGUCGGGGAGGGGCAGAUGGAGCGGCAGGUCGGAGAGGACGGGGGGCACGGCAGCCGGUGCGCUGAGGAGAGGGACCAACCGCAAAGGAGAAAAGCCCAGCGUCAGGCUGAAGUCUCCCCAGGAGCGGGGGAUGACGGGAGCUGGAGUGAAUGCUGCGGUCCUCCAUGACCUGUCCAGCAGCCGUAACUUCAGCGAGACCCGAGGCGGCACUGACAGGGCGGCAAAGUUACCCACUGCUGCGAUACUGGGGGAGCCGGGCAGCGUGGACGGGGCGCACCAAGCCCCCAGCAGCGACUUUGUGCCUAAAUGCGAUAUCAUAGGCAAGGACGCGCUGUCCGCCCUUCAUCGCGCCGGGUCACAGCAGUGCCGACAGGAGAUCGCCAACAUCGUGUGUCAGCAUCAGGCCGGGAAGCUCAUGCCAGACGCACUUCCUCAGUUCUGCCCCCAGCUCGAUAUAUCAAAUCCGGUCCAGGCCGUUGGCGAGAUGGAAAACAGCCUGUCCAAAGUGGAGAACCCCGUCAGAGUGGCAUUCGUUCUGAUGGUCCAUGGCCGUGCUGUACGGCAGCUCAAGCGCCUCAUCAAAGCCAUAUAUCACCGUGACCACUACUACUACAUCCACGUGGACAAGCGGUCUGGCUACAUGCAUCGGGAGGUCCUGCAGAUAGCCCAGCAGUACCCAAACAUACGAGCCACUACCUGGCGGAUGGUCACCAUCUGGGGUGGUGCCAGCCUGCUAAAGGCCUACCUAUGCAGCAUGCAGGACCUGCUCUCCAUGCUGGACUGGAAGUGGGAUUUUUUCAUCAAUCUCAGCGCUACAGAUUUCCCCACCAGGACCAAUGAUGAACUGGUGUCGUUCCUGUCGCAGCAAAGAGACAAGAACUUCCUCAAGUCCCACGGGAGAGAAAAUGCCCGGUUUAUUAAGAAGCAGGGCCUUGACCGUCUCUUCCACGAGUGUGACAACCACAUGUGGCGUCUCGGCGAACGCAGCAUUCCCGAAGGCCUGGAGGUCUCUGGCGGCUCUGAUUGGUUUGCGCUCACCCACCGCUUCGUGGAAUACGUCAUCAACUCCCAGGAUGCCCUGGUGUCAGGGCUGAAGCAGUUCUAUUCCUACGCACUGCUCCCUGCCGAGUCCUUCUUCCACACGGUGCUCGGGAACAGUCACAUGUGUGACACCCUGGUGGACAACAACCUGCGUGUCACCAACUGGAACCGUAAGCUGGGCUGUAAAUGCCAGUACAAGCACAUUGUCGACUGGUGUGGCUGCUCUCCCAAUGAUUUCAAACCGCAAGACCUCAUCCGGAUCCAGCAAUUGACCCGUCCGACAUUCUUUGCCCGCAAGUUUGAGUCAACAGUGAACCAGGAGGCCUUAGACAUCCUGGACACUCACCUGUAUGGCCAGUACGCUCCGGGCACCGUUGCCAUCAAGGCGUACUGGGAGAGCCUGUUUGAGCAGUUGGAUGGCGUGGGCUCACUCAGUGAUGUGGCUCUCACUGCUUACACCGCUUUCUUUCGUCUUGGCUUAAAGAAUCUGGUGACCACUCAGAGCAACGUGGAGGCCUGCAGGUUUGAACCAGUAGGCUACCCUCUAUCAGUACACAUGUACUUUUAUGACGACCGUUUCCAAGGAUAUCUGAUGCGUCAGGAAGUCCAGGCUGUGGGUUCAAAGGUCAGGGAGACACUGGAGAUGUGGGCAGUGCCCCAGGCCACGCUUGUCCUCGAGACAAACCUAAAGGAGUUUGAAAGGCUCAAGAAUCUGGAAAUCGGCACAGAGUGGGAUCCUAAAGAAAGAAUCUUUCGUAACUUUGGGGGCGUGAUCGGCCCUUUGAGUGAACCACUUGCAGUCCAGAAGUGGGCACGUGGUCCCAACCUCACAGCCACUAUUGUAUGGAUUGACCCAGCUCUGGUGGUGGCUGCAUCUUAUGACAUUACCGUGGAUGUGGAUGCAGAGUACACCCAGUACAAACCCCCGCUGCAGCACCCCCUGCGGCCCGGUACCUGGACAGUGCGGGUGUUAAAACAAUGGGAGCGCGUGGCGGAAGUUCGCUUCCUUGUCAUGCCCUUAACCUUCAAAGAUAAGGAGCCACUACGCAAAGAAGAGGACAGCUGGCUGCAUGCAGGUCCUGCAGGUAACCUGUACAUGGAGCAGAGCUUCCAGCAGCUGAGCUCCGUGCUGAAGCUACCACCCCAGGAGUCGGCCAUGCAGGAGGCCCAGCGUAAAGCCCAGCUUGUGGGUCAACCCCUUGAAGCGUGGGUGGACAGCAGCAUAGAAACCUUCUGGGUUACAGGCGGCCUGUGCGCCACACAGACUUCCUCUUGCCCAGCCGUGAGACCUUGCUCCAAGACCUCCUGGAGCUCUCUGUCCCCGGACCCCAAGUCUGAACUGGGCCCAGUCAAAAGUGAUGGGCGGAUCAGGUAGCCCCCAAGAGAGGAGAGACUGUACACUUCAACAUAUACACAGGAAGACUGAGGGAGAGCUGGACCUGCACUGGAGAGCUCCAAGAGAACCUGUGUGAACCGGAUAUUGUCUCAGAGCUCAAAGGCACAUAAACAACAAGACAUCUUCCUGCACUGA